AUGGCAGAAUCCGGUGAGGAAGAGAUAAUUGGAAAACCUGUCCAAGAACUGCAGUUGAAUCCUCAAAAUCUGCCAAAAAGUUACAUGUACGAGGAAGGCGGUGCUGGAUUUUGUGAUGCUCUUGUUCCAUCGCAGGAUGAUGAACUUAUUCCCGUGCUUGACCUUCAUCUUCUCUCAUCUCCAUCUACAGCGCAAGAAGAGCUUGCUAAGCUCCGCCAUGCACUUCAAUCAUGGGGCUGCUUUCAGGCAAUAAACCAUGGAUUGGAAAGCUCGUUUCUGGACAAAGUGAGACAAGUUUCUAAGCAAUUCUUUCAACUUCCAAAGGAAGAGAAGCAAAAAUGUGCUAGGGAACCAAACGACGUUGAAGGAUAUGGCAAUGAUAUAAUAUAUUCAGCAAAUCAAAGGCUUGAUUGGACUGAUAGAGUAUACCUAAAGGUGCUGCCUGAAGACACGAGGAAGUUCAAAUUUUGGCCUCAAAACCCUGAUGAUUUCAGGAGUACGGUUCUACAGUAUACGGAAAGCAUAAAGAUGCUAAGUGAAGUAAUUCUUAAGGCCAUGGCAAAGUCACUAAACUUGGAAGAGGAUACCUUCCUGAACGAAUGUGGAGAGCGAUGUGAUGCGUUUCUGAGAUUCAACUACUACCCUCCAUGUCCAAUGCCUGAUCAUGUUCUUGGUUUGAAGACACAUACGGAUGGAUCCACCAUAACUUUUCUGUUGCAAGAUAAAGAAGUAGAAGGAUUCCAAGUCCUGAAAGAUGAUAAGUGGUUUAAGGUUCCAAUCAUCGCUGAUGCUCUUGUGAUUAACGUUGGUGAUCAAAUAGAGAUAAUGAGCAAUGGCAUUUUCCAGAGUCCACUGCACAGGGCAGUGAUAAAUGCAGAAAAGGCAAGGCUGACAGUGGCCAUGUUCUUCCUCCCAGAUUCAGGAAAAGAGAUUAAACCAGUGGAUAAGCUAGUGAACGAGUCAAGGCCAGUGUUAUACAGAACAGUGAAAAAUUAUGUUGGGAUAUAUUUCCAGCAUUAUCAGCAAGGGAAAAGGGCAAUUGAAGCUUCAAAGAUUUAA